CCCUUUAACACCUCUCUCCACUUAUCCUCAUCUGCAGCCGCUCGCGGUCUCGCUGUGUGUUUCCAUCGGCUCGCUCUCAUUUUUCAUUUCACCCCCUACCUUCCGUUCCUGCAGCCUACCCACCUGUCCUCUGUAAGAUUGCAUAGGCGCACACCCAUUUGAGUAGGGCACACCCCCAUUUGAGUAACAUUGUUGUCGAGUCCCGGCAUUAGUCCAAAAAGCUGGGAACUUUUCCCCAGGAAGUUGUAAAUUCACUCUUGUUUCAUGAAUAGGGAGAAGCUUAUGAAGAUGGCUGGUGCAGUUCGCACUGGUGGGAAGGGCAGCAUGAGAAGAAAGAAGAAGGCUGUACACAAGACUACUACUACAGAUGACAAAAGGCUCCAGAGCACGCUGAAGAGAAUUGGAGUGAAUGCUAUUCCUGCAAUUGAGGAAGUCAACAUAUUCAAGGAUGAUAUAGUUAUCCAGUUUGUAAAUCCCAAAGUUCAAGCAUCCAUUGCUGCCAAUACAUGGGUUGUUAGUGGAUCUCCACAGACCAAGAAAUUGCAGGAUAUUCUCCCUCAAGUUCUCAGCCAUUUGGGUCCUGAUAAUUUGGACAACUUGAAGAAGUUGGCGGAGCAGAUCCAGAAGCAGGCACCAGGUGCAGGUGCUACAGCAACCACAGCACAAGUGGAUGAUGAUGAUGAGGUGAUCCCAGAUCUUGUGGCUGGGGAGACAUUUGAGGCUGCUGCAGAAGAGGGUAAUGCUGCUGCGUAGGGAGAUAUAAAGGUAUUUUGUGGUAUUUUAUAUACUUCCUAUGUUUUUGUAGUUGUAACGUUGAUUGUUUAUCGUAUGUUCUAGAGACACCAGAUGAUUUGUUUUUUUUAUCCAAUUUAUAUUUGAGAAAUUUCUGAUUGGUUGUUA